AUGGAAGGAAAGGGGCAAGGGGGCAAAAGACCUGUUGGAUCUAGAGGAGGGAAACUCUCAGGUUCUUUAAGAAGGAUGAGUGGAUCCUUCAAACGCACAUCACUAAAGGGCUCAUCUUCUGGAUCCCAAAAGGGUCAAAAGGCUUGGAUAGAAAAGACAUUUUCCAAAAGAGAAUGCAUCUGCUUAGUAGCCAACAGCAAAGACAGCAACAGAUGUUAUUGUGGUCAGCUCAUUACUCAGCACGUCCCAGUUCCACAAAAUGCUACAGCUAACAAGAAUGGAGAAGAGAGCAAGCAACUUGAAGCUGUGCCUGAGAAGUGGUCCAUUAGCAAACACACGCAGCUGAGUCCCACAGAUGCAUUUGGCAUUCUGGAGUUCCAGGGGGGCGGACACUCAAACAAGGCCAUGUACAUCCGUGUAUCGUAUGAUACAAAGCCUGACUCUUUGCUCCACCUCAUGGUCAAAGAAUGGCAGCUUGAGCUCCCUAAACUACUCAUCUCUGUACACGGAGGACUCCAGAACUUUGAAAUGCAGCCAAAACUGAAACAAGUGUUUGGGAAAGGACUCAUCAAAGCAGCCAUGACCACUGGGGCCUGGAUAUUCACAGGCGGUGUCAGUACAGGUGUAAUUCGCCAUGUAGGCGAUGCCUUGAAAGAUCAUUCUUCCAAGUCCAGAGGACGAAUAUGUGCCAUAGGAAUUGCACCUUGGGGUAUAGUAGAAAACAAGGAGGAUCUUUUAGGAAAAGAUGUGACAAAACCUUACCAAACAAUGUCAAAUCCCCUGAGUAAACUAUCUGUGCUGAACAACACUCACACACACUUCAUCUUAGCGGAUAACGGCACACUUGGAAAAUAUGGAGCAGAAGUUAAGUUACGACGCCAGCUAGAAAAGCACAUAUCUCUUCAGAAAAUUAAUACCAGGCUGGGUCAAGGUGUGCCCGUGGUAGCACUCAUUGUAGAAGGUGGUCCCAAUGUAAUCUCUAUUGUUCUGGAAUGCCUACGAGAGGAACCACCAAUUCCAGUAGUUGUCUGUGAUGGAAGUGGCCGAGCCUCUGACAUUCUGUCUUUCGCACACAAAUACUCAGAGGAAGCAGGGAUAAUCAGUGAAUCUCUUCGUGAUCAGCUUCUAGUUACCAUUCAGAAAACAUUUAACUACAGUCGGAACCAAGCUCACCAGCUCUUAGUUGUCUUGAUGGAAUGCAUGAAGAAAAAGGAACUGAUAACUGUUUUCCGUAUGGGGUCAGAAGGUCAACAAGAUAUUGAAAUGGCUAUCUUGACUGCUCUUCUAAAAGGUACAAAUGCCUCUGCUCCUGACCAGCUAAGUUUGGCAUUAGCAUGGAACCGGGUUGACAUUGCACGCAGCCAAAUUUUUGUUUUUGGACACCAAUGGCCGCCUUUAGGAAGCCUUACAGCAGCGGAUGGCUCCGCUCAGGAUAAAGAAAAGAGAUCACCUGUAGCCCAAACUAAAGCACCCAGGGGAAAGAGCAAAGGCAAAAAGAAAGGCAAAGGCAAAGAUGAGCCCGAGGAAGAGACUGAUCCAAGGAAGAUUGAGCUUCUGAACUGGGUCAACUCCCUAGAACAAGCUAUGAUGGAUGCCCUGGUUUUAGAUCGAGUGGAUUUUGUAAAACUUCUAAUUGAGAAUGGCGUCAACAUGCAGAGGUUUCUCACUAUACCUCGCUUAGAAGAGCUUUACAAUACAAGAUUGGGUCCUCCAAAUACUCUCCAUUACCUUGUACGAGAUGUUAAAAAGGGUAACCUUCCACCAGAUUAUCAUGUCAGCUUGAUUGACAUUGGCCUUGUGCUUGAGUACCUCAUGGGUGGGGCCUAUCGUUGCCACUACACCAGGAAGACCUUCAGGACACUAUACAAUAAUCUGUUUGGACCAAAGAGGCCAAAAGCUCUCAAACUUUUAGGAAUGGAGGAUGAUGAGCCCCCUUCUAAAGGAAAGAGAAAGAAGAAGAAAAAGGAGGAAGAAAUUGACAUUGAUGUGGAUGAUCCAGAGGUUAGCAGGUUCCAGUACCCUUUCCAUGAGCUGAUGGUUUGGGCUGUUCUUAUGAAAAGGCAAAAGAUGGCUCUCUUUCUGUGGCAGCGUGGUGAGGAAACCAUGGCCAAAGCACUGGUAGCAUGCAAACUCUACAAGUCUAUGGCUCAUGAGUCCUCAGAGAGCGACCUUGUAGAUGACAUUUCCCAAGACUUGGACAACAAUUCAAAGGAUUUUGGUCAGUUGGCCGUGGAAUUGCUGGACCAGUCCUACAAACAUGAUGAGCAGGUUGCCAUGAAACUUUUGACUUAUGAGCUAAAGAACUGGAGUAAUUCCACAUGUCUAAAAUUAGCGGUUGCUGCCAAACAUCGAGACUUUAUAGCACACACAUGCAGCCAGAUGCUACUAACUGACAUGUGGAUGGGACGUCUACGAAUGAGGAAGAAUCCGGGUCUUAAGGUAAUAUUAGGGAUUCUUCUACCUCCGACCAUUUUAUUUCUGGAGUUCCGGUCUCAGGACGACCUUUCAUUCCACACAUCAAAGGAAUAUGAGGAAGGAAAAGAGAAAGAAGAUGACAAUAUGGAUGGGAAUGCUGACACAAACUCUAGGAAAGGGGAUGAAGAGAAUGGGAAUAGGAAACAAAGAAGUAUUCCGAUUGGCACAAAGAUUUAUGAGUUCUACAAUGCUCCAAUUGUUAAGUUCUGGUUUUAUACAAUUGCGUACUUAGGGUAUUUGCUGUUAUUUAAUUAUGUAAUUUUGGUGAAGAUGGAGCGAUGGCCUUCACUGCAGGAAUGGAUUGUCAUUUCCUACAUCCUAACUCUUGGACUUGAGAAAGUGAGAGAGAUUUUAAUGUCUGAACCAGGAAAACUAAGCCAGAAAGUGAAGGUUUGGUUACAAGAAUAUUGGAAUAUCACAGAUCUUGUGGCAAUUUCUGUGUUUAUAAUUGGAGCAAUUCUUCGACUGCAGAAUCAGCCAUAUAUGGGCUAUGGCAGAGUAAUUUACUGUGUUGAUAUCAUCUUUUGGUAUAUUCGAGUGCUGGAUAUAUUUGGAGUCAAUAAAUACCUUGGACCAUAUGUCAUGAUGAUUGGAAAAAUGAUGAUUGACAUGCUGUAUUUCGUGAUCAUCAUGCUGGUGGUAUUGAUGAGCUUUGGAGUGGCUCGGCAGGCCAUUUUGCACCCUGAUGAGGAGCCAUCAUGGAGACUAGCCCGCAACAUCUUCUACAUGCCAUACUGGAUGAUAUACGGAGAGGUGUUUGCAGACCAGAUAGACCUUUACGCCAUGGAGAUAAAUCCUCCUUGUGGCGAAAACCUGUAUGAUGAUGAUGGAAAACGUCUUCCUCCUUGUAUACCUGGGGCUUGGCUCACUCCAGCCAUCAUGGCAUGUUAUUUACUUGUGGCAAACAUCCUCUUAGUAAACCUGUUAAUAGCAGUGUUCAAUAAUACAUUUUUUGAAGUAAAGUCAAUUUCAAACCAAGUGUGGAAGUUCCAGCGUUACCAGCUUAUCAUGACUUUCCAUGACAGACCUGUCUUGCCACCUCCAAUGAUCAUCUUCAGUCACCUGUUCAUUAUUUUGAAGCGCAUUUGUUGUUGCUGCAAAAAGAUGCAGGAAGGGGACCAGGAUGAGCGAGACAGGGGCCUGAAACUAUUUCUAAAUGAUGAAGAGGUAAAGAAACUGUAUGAGUUUGAAGAGCAAUGUGUGGAGGAAUAUUUCCAAGAGAAGGAAGAUGAGCAGCAGUCUUCUAAUGAUGAACGUAUUCGGGUUACUUCAGAAAGAGUUGAAAAUAUGUCCGUGCGUUUGGAAGAAGUCAACGAACGUGAGCACUUCAUGAAAGCUUCUCUUCAGACAGUUGACCUCCGGCUUUCUCAGCUGGAAGAACUUUCAGGUAGAAUGGUUAAUGCUCUCGAAAAGCUUGUUGGAAUUGACAAAUCAGAACUGAUUCACGUACGCUCACGGGCUUCCUCUGAGUGUGAUGCAGCCUUUCUCCUGAGACAAGGCAGCGUUAACAGCUCUGAUGGCAACAGCAUGUACAAGUACCACAUGGAGGCCGAUGAAUUAACCUGUGACGACAGCAUAGGUUCAAUGUCACCUGCAUUGGGGCAGCGUAGAAAAGCUUAUUCUGUUGGGACAAAAACUGAGAAAGGUGAAGAAGAAGAACAAAAGACACAACUGGUGCCCCGACAAGCAAGUCUACGCUGUGCUUCAAGCGCCAAUGCUGUUGCAGCAAAAGACUUUAAUAAAGUUACCUUAGGAAUUGUUUCACAAACAACAAGACCAAUUUCCUGUAUAGAUAUUUGGACUCCAGAGAGUGAUAAACAUCCCGAAAACAUAAAAAAAGCUGAGGAGCAAUCUCUCAUGCAGAAGGAUGUUCUUAUGAAUGGCCAAUCCAUCACAAGUUCUGAUUUUUCAAACUCUCAUUUAACAGUAGAACGAACAAAACUAGAAGCAACAAUAUCUUAUCCUUUAGAGAAAUCAAAAGCGGUGCGUUACUAUCCUGGUCAGUCUUUUAAUACUUGUCAAACAACAAUGACAAAAUCUAGAAGUUAUAUUUUUACCCAAGGUGGAAAAUUAGUUGGGGGUGUUAACAAUUGGACAACAGAGUAUAGCACAAUUAUGGACCAGAUGUGUCCCACUGCAGUGGAAGAUUGGACAGACCAGUGGAACUUCCAAGGAGAUGUUUCUAGCAAGCAAACUCCAGAGCUUCCUAACAUUGUAUCGGAUUCUGAGAUCCAGGCUGAGCUGAAGCCGUUGUUGACUGAUACAGAAGAUGACAGUGACGUUGGAGAAAUAGGAAACAGUGCCUCCUACCCUUGCACACUUUUCACCGAAGGGUUGGAAACAGAAAAGUUACUCUCUGUGAAGUCAGAUAAAACUUGCAGCUUUGCUUCUCCUAGGUCAAAGAGUUUACACAGCCAUUCUAGAAAAUCACGGUCCUUAAUGGAUAAGUUAGAGAGACCUGGACAUGCUAGCAGUGUCAUGAAUAUUGUAGUGGCCUGCGGUAGUGCAGAGGACACAAAAACUAAGAAAGAAACUGCAUCUACAGAAACAGAGUGUUAAUGUUAAAUGACAUAUUGUAUACUGAUAAGUGAGAGUAGUGGAAUGCCUGUCAUCAUAAAAUCAUUUUGCUACACAGGUAAAUAACAUCAUAAACAAUUAACAUCAAAAAUAAUUUUGUCCAGACAAUAUAAUCACGUAUAAUAUAAAUGCAAUGAUCUUUAUGCCUACCAUGGUUGAGAAAUAGGGCUGUUUCAGUUUCAAUUUGGUCAUGAAUAUAUGCAAACCUAUCUGAUGGAAGAAUUAGGAAGUAUUAUCCUGUUUAUAAUAUUUAUUUUCUUGUGCCGACACUGUUGUAUUGGUUUUUGGUGAAGGAACGUGACAUAACAGUACAGAUAUCACCUUACCUAGCUUUGUUGAAAUCACACAUAAGACUUUUCGCGCACCAUGGGGAUGUAAACAAUGAA